AUCCACUCCCCUUUUUUAUUAUUUCAGUUUACUCUCUUGUGUGUGGAGUUUCUUCUCCACCUCUACCCACCAUCAAACAAAAUGGAUCCAUCACUGCCACCACCACCACCCUCACCAAUCUCCACAACCACAACAACCACUACAAACAACCACCAGGGUGGCGGCGGAGGUAGUGGUUACACAGACUCAAUAGACUCAUCAACAUCACCUCGUUCAAGAAACAACGAUUCAUGGGAAAAUGAACAGCAAUUACCACAAGUCAUCCCAAAUUCAAAACUCCGUCUCAUGUGUAGUUACGGCGGUCAUAUAAUCCCGCGGCCUCAUGAUAAAUCUCUGUGUUAUAUCGGUGGUGAUACUCGUAUUGUAGUUGUGGAUCGUCAUUCAUCGCUUGUUUCACUUUCGUCGAAAAUCUCAAGAACUUUACUAAACGGUCGUUCUUUUACAUUGAAAUAUCAAUUACCAAAUGAAGAUUUGGAUUCACUGAUUUCAGUAUCAACUGAUGAAGAUCUUGAGAAUAUGAUUGAAGAAUAUGAUCGUACUUCGGCUGCUUCGGUGAAAACAUCGAGGAUUCGUUUGUUUUUGUUCUUUUCAAAACCUGAAACGGCUGCUUCAAUGGGUUCAUUACUUGAUGAUUCUAAAUCUGAAUCUUGGUUUGUUGAUGCUUUGAAUGGUUCUGGGAAUUUACCUAGAGGAUUAUCUGCUGAUUCUGCUUCUGUUAAUUGUUUGUUAGGUUUAGAUGAUGUUGUUCGUAUUCAAGAUCAUAAUCGUAAUCAACAUGUGGAAAUGAAUAAUCAGAAUGAUUUAUCAUUGGGGAAUUUGAACAAACAGAUGAAGGGGGGUAAUGUUCAAGAUGUUCAAUCAAUACCUGAUUCACCUAUGAUGGAAACUAAUUCAUCAUUUGGGUCUACUACUUCUUCACCUUCAAUGUCUAAUUUGCCUCCAAUUAGGGUUCAUGUUGAAGAUCAGAAAGUUGCUGGAUUAGAAGAUCAUUUUUCACAUAUGAAUAUUGCUCCUCCUCAACAUAAACAGGAUGAAGGGGGUUUUGCGUUACUUUCAUCUCCUCCUCCACUUCCUACUACCAUUACUGUCUCUGCUGGAGUUCAUUCUGGUACUGUUAAUGCUUCUGGUGUUGUUAAUGAAAACAGCCAUAAUCGGGUUUACUCUGAUGAUGAGAGAUCUGAGUAUGGGUUUCGAAAACCACCUCAGCCUCCACAACCUCAAUUGCAGCAGAAAACUAGUGGUGGUGUUGAUUUGCCCUCCCCUGAUGGGACUGCAAGAGAUAGUAUUCCAAACAUGAUGGCUAGACCAAAACAAGUUUAUUAUCAAGAACAAGUUGCCCAACAAGUUCCACCAAGUGAUAGCAGAAUUGCUGUUGAUCCAAAAAGAGAUGUUUCAGAUCUAAAUUAUCGAAUCCAGAUGCAGCAACAGCAGCAGCAGGAACAACAACACAUUCGGGAAUCGGGGUAUGCUUUACCUCCACAACAAUUGGAUCAACAACAGCAACAGCACCAGUUUAUCUCUGCAACUGGCACACAUUACAUCCAACAACAUGGAGCAGGACAGGUACCAAUUUCAUCACCUUACUAUCACCCAAUGUAUGUUCCACAACAACCGCAACAACAUCUCCAUCAAAUGGAUCAACAAAUUCCUAUGUAUUAUGUCCCCGUUCAUCAAACUCAAUCUUAUAGCAUGUCUAUGCAACCAAAUAUGAGUGAAACAUCAAAAAUCUCUUCAAAUCGACCUCCUACACCUCCAACUCCUACUAUGGUCUCUACAUCUGUUGCCCCACAAAAUCCUGGGUAUCCCCCUCGGUCUGCUCCUCCACCUAAACAACCCGAGAUGGCAUCAACUGUUUAUAGAACAACUGCGCCAGGGCAAGUUGGAGGUCAACAGAUGAUGCACACAGCUACGGAUCAGCAUCAACAGCCGCAUUUUGUUAGUUACCAUCCAAUGCAUCACCCAUCUCAAUCUAUUCAAGCUCCUAAUGCUGGUAAUUAUGCUUAUGAGUACUCGGAUCCUAACCAUGCUCAAAUAUAUUAUACUCAGCCUUUGACUUCUCAUUACCAAACAAUGAGUGUGGCUCAAGCAGUAGCAGCAGUUUCUGAUGCUACUUCGCAGAUAGCCACAGAUCAAAACACUAAUAAGCAGUAGCAUAUUAUCAAAAACAAAGGAAUCAAUUUUGAGAUGGAAUUAGUUUGUGAGUGAAGAGGUUGUCGUAUUUCAUUUGGUAAUGUUCUUUUCUUUUCUUUUUUGUUGCGUGUUAAAGUUAUUGGUAUUGAUUUGUGUUAGUCUGUCUUGUUUGAUAGAGUAAAAAAAAUAAGGAACUUAGGUUCCUAUAUUUGUAUCAUUUUUUUCUUUUUAUGUCACUGUUGCUGAACUUGGUAAAGGAAAUGAAGCUACGAGAUCUAUAUAGUAUAUUGUUCUAGUAAAUUAGUUCCCGUUGUUAUGUCUGUCCAAUGUAAUCAGUCGUGCUCAAUAUAUAUACAUCAAGCUUUGAAAUAUAUAUACUUCUUUGGUUCA